AUGGCGGAGCUAAAGCUCUCAGAGAGUCGGGACCUAACUCGAAUAGAGCGCAUAGGCGCACACUCCCACAUCCGAGGGCUCGGCCUCGACUCUGCCCUAGAAGCCCGUGACGUCUCCGAGGGCAUGGUGGGCCAGACCUCGGCGCGAAAAGCCGCCGGCGUAAUUCUCCAGAUGAUCAAAGAAGGCAAGAUCGCGGGUCGGGCCGUACUGUUGGCCGGUCAACCCGGAACCGGAAAGACCGCCAUCGCCAUGGGCAUGGCCAAGUCGCUCGGCCUCGAAACCCCCUUCGCUAUGUUAGCCGGAAGCGAGCUCUUCUCUCUCGAGAUGUCCAAGACCGAAGCCCUAAUGCAAGCUUUUAGGAAAGCCAUUGGGGUUAGAAUUAAGGAAGAGACUGAGGUCAUCGAAGGUGAGGUUGUGGAGGUUCAGAUUGACCGGCCUGCGGUGGCUGGAGCGGCUUCGAAGACCGGGAAGUUGACUUUGAAGACAACGGAGAUGGAGACGGUGUAUGACUUGGGGGCCAAAAUGAUUGAGGCUUUGGGGAAGGAGAAGGUGCAGAGUGGGGAUGUGAUUGCUAUUGAUAAAGCUUCUGGGAAGAUUACAAAGCUUGGUAGGUCGUUUUCGAGGUCGAGGGACUAUGACGCCAUGGGACCGCACAUCAAGUUCAUGCAGUGCCCUGAUGGAGAGUUGCAGAAGCGCAAGGAGGUGGUGCAUUGUGUCACCCUUCAUGAGAUUGAUGUCAUCAACAGCAGAACACAGGGAUUUCUGGCUCUAUUUACUGGUGAUACUGGUGAAAUCCGUUCAGAAGUGAGAGAACAGAUUGACACAAAGGUGGCAGAGUGGAGGGAGGAAGGGAAGGCAGAGAUUGUGCCAGGUGUCCUCUUUAUUGAUGAGGUGCAUAUGCUUGACAUUGAGUGCUUUUCAUUUUUGAAUCGUGCUUUGGAGAAUGAGAUGGCUCCAAUAUUAGUUGUUGCUACCAACAGAGGGAUCACUACCAUCAGAGGCACAAACUAUAAAUCCCCCCAUGGGAUUCCUAUUGACCUCCUUGAUCGCCUGCUUAUCAUUACCACCCAGCCUUACACAGAGGAUGAAAUUCGUAAGAUUCUGGACAUCAGAUGCCAAGAAGAAGAAGUUGAGAUGUCUGAAGAGGCAAAGCAUUUGUUGACCAAGAUUGGUGUUGAUGCAUCCUUGAGAUAUGCUAUCCAUCUCAUAACAGCUUCUGCCUUGGCAUGCCAAAAGCGGAAGGGAAAUAUUGUGGAGAUGGAGGAUAUUAACCGAGUUUACCAUCUGUUUUUGGACGUAAAGAGAUCAACACAGUACUUAAUGGAGUAUCAGAGUCAGUAUAUGUUCAGUGAGGAAGGUGAUGAAGAUGAUACCAAUGCCAUGCAAUCUUGA